GUUUGGCCUCACUCUGACAAUGGACAAGGCCUAGGACAGAGAGCUCAGUGUGUGAAUGGGAAGGGGAAUUAAAGUCAAAGAUACCAAAUAGGAUCUUUGAAAGAUACUAGUAAAGUGUUUGGCAAACGGGAGGUCAGGUGGGUCCAGGCGGACCGGCAGCCAAUGGGCGUGUGGUUGUAGCCAGCUGGCGGACGGGCCGUCCUCCAGUGACGCAGGCACUAGGCCCGAGACCUGGCGCGGCGCUGUGAGCGAUGCCGGAGAUCGGGGACCCCGAGGCUGUGACGGGCAUGGGCCCAAUCCGCUCGCAUCACUGCCGCCAGAGUUCGUUCGUCACCUUCUGUAACUGCACGGGCCGCAGCGUGCGGCCGGUGUGGAUCAACUACCGCGGGCAGCCCGAGACCUACGCGGAGAUGAAGGCGCAGAGCGGCCGCAAGAUGAACACUUUCAUGGGUCACCCGUGGAUGUUCCGCGAUGCGGUGUCUGAUGACAGGCUCCUUGUCAAUAGUCACGAGGUCUUCGUCUCGCCCCCCGGUCAGGUUAAUGAGAUUGGGCAGCCUCGAUACAUCAUGGUUAAAAUCACCAUACCAGUUUACACACUAAAGGAGCGGUGCCUGCAAGUGGUGCGCAGCCUGGUGAAGCAGGAGGAUUACAGAAACCUGGAGAUUGCCCGAACACUACACGAUGACCUGGAGGAUCACCCCCAGCUGUUGAAAGAUCUUCAGCACCUCCAGCAGCUGGCUGAACAGGAAGAAAAUGGCCUGAACUGAGAGUGACAAUGUUCUUUCCACACCCUUGCCCCAGAUCAGAACUGGUAUAUUAUGCGUAGACAAACUGUGAAAAGUGAUCUACAGAGUCCCUAGCAACAGUGACUGUCCAGUGUGACUGACACAAAGCUUUGGACGUCUCCACCUGAUCAGUAUUGUUGACAUAUUUUGUACUUUUCAUUAUCUUCCUAUUUCUUGGACCAAAUCAUUUCACUUUUUUAAAUGGCUGAUGUGGAAAUACUCCAGUACCUUUAGAUGAACAGCAUCCAGUAAAUUUCUGGUCCAUCACCAAUAUCGUGCAGCAGUAGAAUUGAGUAAAUUAGGGAAGGAGGCUGGCGUAGCUUGGGUCUCUUCCACUGGUGUCUGAGAUGCCAGUAUAGAGUUUAUUCUACAAGAGAGGGAAUCCAGAACUCCUGGUAGUAUGGUGAGCUUGUGAUAUAGAUAAUGGUUGGUGUAGAGUAUUGAAAGUACAAAGCAUGGAAGUAACAUGGGAAAGUGGGUGACCAUAUGAGGAAUGAAGGAAUAACAAAAUAUGCUGAUGGGGCUAAAUGGCUCACCUAUGGCAUUAAAGGUCAGCAUGGAGUAUUUGCGGAGAAUGCUUUGACUGCGCAGUAACUGAAGGUAGCAUAAACAUGAGUUUCUAAGCCAGCUUAGAUCCAUAGAAUUGGUCUAUGAUUCUCACGUGAAUUGAGAUAUGGUGAAAAACCUUGUUUUGCUGCUAUCCAUGUAGAUCAUACCAUACAUGAGUACAUAAGAGUACAGAAAGAAAAAUGAAACAUUGUGCAGAAUAUAGUAUUACAGUAAUGGAGAAAAUACAGUCAAAAAGUAUAAAACUGCUGCUGCCCAAUAUGGGGAAUGGCUUUCUCAACUAAGCUUCUGACAUUAACAUUUUAUUUGUAGAUGAGCCUGUGGUUGCUCUGAGUACUGUGUACUGGUUAUAUGUAUCCAUGCCUAAACUAGUCCACUUUGCCAGUUCUGCAUUGUAACCUGCUUCAUUCUGUGCUACUGAGCUUGUAUUUAUGGCUCCUGAAUCUGUGGACACCUUGGUCUUUUCUCCAAUUUCUCCUACUAGUUCUAACUUCUGUUUCACUGUCAUCCAGGUUUGUUUUCUUUUCACCUUAUCUGGUCAUAGAAUUUUGCAGGUCUGGACACAGUGCCCCUGGUAUUCCAGCCACGGUGCUGUAAAAGUUGAACAAGACAAAUCAGCCUUUGUAUUAUCAUUUUAUUGGUGUAAUUUUUAUGAUUUUCUCUGUAUUCAGUCAUCUCAAUCCCUCCACGUUCCCACCUUAUUUAGAAGCUUACUUUUCAAGGCAUAAACAUUCUUCUUAAGCAAAAGUGUCUCUUUGCAUCUUCCCAUAUUCACAUUUGUUUCUCAAUUCCAGCCGUUUUCCAAGACGGUCUUUCUCUAUUGAAUCUGUAGUCCUUUGUCACGUUGGUCUAAAUCAUGUGUGUAAUUAUUAGGCAGUGGAUGUUGCAGCAGUAGUCUGAGAGGAAGACUGCUCGGCACUCUUUGUCAUGUUAGGUUUGCUAACUGUUGCUCCCCCAUUCUGUCAUUCCUUUAACCCAACAGCAUUUCUGUUUAAGUGACAAUUUUUCAAGUCCAAGCCCAGAUUGGUGUCAGCAAGAUAUUCACUUGUGCAAGCCAUGGUUGAUGCUAAGCUGGUGAAACAUGGCAGUAACGAAGGAUCUCGACCUGAAAUGUUACCCAUUCCUUCUCUCCAGAGAUGCUGAGUUACAUCCAGCUUUUUGUGUUUACAUCCUAAUAAGAUCUGCCCCAACUGGGUCACACUAAAGUGGAUCUACCAAAUUCAUCACACAAAGCUUGUAGGCAUCUUAGGCAUCAACAAUUUUAGGCAUCUUUUCAUUGAAAGCAGCAUGUUUUUUGGUUACUGCACAUGUGACAGGAGCACACUGAGCUCUUGUAUAUAUUUUGUACAUUAAAGCUGAACAAAGUCACUGAUCCUUUCAGUAAA